AUGGCAGUUCCGUCGGACUUCAUUUUCACCCUCGACUCGGACAACGACAAUGCACCAAAUGAGGGCCCCGAGAUAACUUUGAAGGAGGAAGCCAUGGACGAUGAGCUUGGAGGAUUAGAUCCAAAUUUCGUUUUUGAUGUCGGGGGAGGUCAAAACGGCAGCAAACCGGCACCUAUAUCUGUGGACGACAUUAUUGCUAGAAAAGUGGCUUCAAUACCUUCAAAAAGACCGCGUGAUACAGAAUCCAAUUCUGACGAGGAUUCAGAUGAGGAUAGGGAAUCAGCUAUAAUUUCAUUGGGUGAAUCCGAAGGAGAGUCUGGCGUGAUAGCACAGAAUUAUGAGGACAACUUCGACGACGAUGACGACUCUGUUCAAUCCUUUGACGGGACCGAUCAUGGAGGGGAGGACGGCGAGUCGUCUCACACUCUGUCUAGCGACGAUAACGAGGUCAAAAGAUAUGAGAUCUCAGAUUCGUCUUCGGACUCAGACUCUGAGGAAGAAACUCAAGCGGAGAAAGACAGGAAAGCUGCAUUCUUUGCUCCUGCCCCAGAGAGACCCAAAUCAAAACCAACAUCUUCCUUCGUUUCCUUAAACCUUUCUCGCCCGUUGCUCCGCGCCCUGAAUCUACUUAACUUCACUACGCCUACGCCUAUCCAAGCGACAACUAUACCCAUCGCUCUGGCUGGCCAUGACGUUCUUGGUUCUGCUGUCACAGGAUCAGGAAAGACAGCGGCUUUCUUAAUACCUGUUCUUGAACGACUCAUGUAUAGAGAAAAAAGUGGUCCCAACUCAGGGGAAAUUCGGGUACUUAUCCUGGUGCCCACCCGUGAACUUGCUGUCCAAUGUGCCGACGUCGGAAAAAGUCUGGCUAAGUAUAUGGACGUCACCUUCGGCGUGAUGGUCGGCGGACUUUCUCUGAAGGCACAAGAGAGUGUGCUCCGAUCCCGUCCAGACAUCCUCAUAGCGACACCUGGACGACUCAUUGAUCAUUUACAAAAUACUGUCACAUUCUCACUUCAUGCUUUGGACAUUCUUGUAUUGGACGAAGCAGACCGGAUGUUGUCGGAUGGUUUCGCUGCUGAGCUACAGGAGAUCAUAUCCGCAUGUCCAAAGUCCGGCGCAGCAGGGGGUGUAGGCGGGAGGCAGACCAUGCUGUUUUCCGCCACCAUGACCGACUCUAUUGAUGACCUUGUCCGCCUGAGUCUGAACCGCCCUGUCCGGUUAUUCGUGGAUCCAAAGAAAUCUCUUGCCCAAGGACUCAUACAAGAGUUUGUACGAGUGAAACGAGAGGCUGAAAGAGAAGCUAUUCUCCUGGUGAUUUGCCUCCGGACGGCACGAAGGCGAACCAUUGUCUUUUUCAGAAGCAAGAAACUUUGUCAUCAAAUGAAAAUUGUUUUUGGAUUGCUUGGGCUUUCCGCGGAAGAACUUCACGGUGACUUGUCGCAGGAGAAGCGUCUCGAAUCUCUUGGGCGGUUCAGGGAGGGAGCCGUUGACUAUCUGCUAGCUACUGAUCUUGCAUCUCGUGGUUUGGAUAUUAAGGGCAUGGAGACAGUCAUCAACUAUGACAUGCCCGCACAGAUUGAGUUAUAUCUGCAUCGUGUGGGCCGAACAGCUCGUGCCGGCGAGAACGGACGGUCCAUCUCACUCGUUGGUGAAGACGAUCGGAAGAUGCUCAAAACUGCCAUCAAGCGGAGUCCUGAAACAGACAUGGUUAGACACCGCCUUGUCCCGAAUGAUGCCGUCAAAAGUAUGCAUGCCAAACUUGUAAAACUCAAGCCGGACGUGUCAGCCGUGCUCAAGGAAGAGCAAGAGGAGAAAGACCUUCGACGUGCGGAGAUGGAGCUGAACAAGACCCAGAACCUGAUUGAACACGAAGAGGAAAUCUUUUCGCGGCCGAAAAGAACAUGGUUCAUAUCAUCAAAAGAGAAGGAAAAGGCUGAAAAAAUCAGCAGGCAAGAAUACGAGGUCACAGUUGCCAAUGACAAAACGAAAGUAGCGCAAAGCGGACCCUCAACAUCGAGAUCGAAGCAAGACAAAUUCGCUGGGUUAUCCCGCCGUGCCAAACGACGGAAACUUGCAUCGGAGACGGACAAAAACCCCAGUGAUCGAGCUGCCGUCGAUUAUGCCAUUCGCAGCGCGAAGAAAGCAGCGAAGCCGCAGAAGAUAUGGGCCCCCGAAGGUUCGAAAAUGCAAGGGCGGAAAACGGACAAGAAAAGAAAACCAUCAGUCAAGACUCGCGUCCUUGGGAAGGGAUCUAGCUUUUCCAGGGACAUGGGCUCCGGAAUAGCUCCGCAAUGAAUGAAGGUGUUCGAGCGAAGAAAGGUGACGGGGGUGGCUUGGGUGGGAAGAAAGGAGGGAAAAAGGGAAGAAAAAAGGGGAGAGGGCGGCGAUAGCGCCACUUAUCUUUUCAUAAUGGGUAUGAAUCCAGGUCCAGUUAUAGAGCGAUUUGACUAUGUCUACAAUAUCUUACAUCCCUAUGACUAUAUUACUAAGCACCGUC